AUGAAUAUUUUGAUUGUCCUGUGUGUGGCUGUGGGGUCUGUUCACUGCCUAUUGGGAGAGUCGAAAACAUCGGAGGUUGAGUCCGAUUUGGGGAUGAAGAUUUUCAAUCAGGUUGCUACGUCCCAACCAACAGAAAACAUUGUCAUGUCACCACAUGGAAUGGUAUCAUUGCUUUGGAUACUGCAAUUCGGAGCUGAUGGAAUAACAAAAAAGGAAUUGAGCGGUGCUUUGAAAUACAGCCGAUUUGGUACUCAUUCACGGCUCAAAAAGGUACACGAGUCAUUAACUAAAUACAAAAGUAAGGAUGUCGUUACUUUUGGUAAUGGAAUAUUUAUACCACGUGACCUUGUAUUACGAAAAAGCUUUAUUAAGCGGUGUUCUAAAACUUAUCAAACUGGACCGACAAAUGUGGAUUAUUCUGAUUCUGAAGCAGCUGCAUCAACAAUCAACAAAUGGGCUGAGUACAAGACUAAAGGUAUGAUCACAGAGAUAAUUUCCCCAGACAUUCUGGAUGAAGCUACCAAGCUUGUAGUCGCCAACGCAAUAUAUUUUAAGGGUGCGUGGAAAUCUAAAUUUAACGUAGCAAAUACACACGAAGAGGGUUUCACUGGAGCCGAUGGAGAUGUGUCUCAAGUUCCUAUGAUGUUUCAAACGUCAAUGUUCAAGUUUGGUAUGGCCAGUACGCCGAAGAAUGUGGAAUAUAAUGUUCUCCAGCUAUCAUACAUUGGGGAACUCAGUAUGUUUAUUAUCCUUCCAGUGGAUAGUAGCACCGCACUCACUGAAAUAAUCCCUCACAUCAAUAUAAAUAGUAUAAAUGCGUGGAAGAAAAUCUUGAAGAGUAAUAAACUUGACAUUUCUAUACCUAGAUUCACUGCUAAGUCAGAGACGAACAUGCAGGAACUACUUGCACCUCUUGGAAUCACAAAUAUAUUUGAUAAAGACAAUGCGAAUUUCAGAAAGCUCUCUAAGUUUAGUCAACUGUAUGUUUCCCAAAUGCUGCAAGCGGUUAAAAUUGAAGUAAACGAGGAGGGUAAGAAGGCUUCUAAAAUGACAGGCAAGUAUGCCAGCAUUGUAAACUCAGGCCAGAGUAAAGUGCUAUUCGAAUAA